AAAAAGCUCGACUUUAUAUUGAUAAGAAAAAUGAUAUACCAAAACAAAAAUAUCAAACUUUGAAUAGUGAACAGAGUGGUUACAAAAACAGAAACGUAACUCAUAUUAUCAUACACGCAUAUCUCAAUCUCAUAUCCAAAUCAGCAUGAAGCUAUCAUCGCAUCAGAAUUAUGAUCGGAAAUCCGAGCUCACGGCGUUCGACGAAACCAAAUCCGGCGUCAAAGGACUUGUGGACGCUGAAAUCACCACCGUUCCCCGUAUAUUCAUCGUACCUUCAUCUGAAAAGCCAAACUCCGGCGAACCACCGUCUCCGGAGCUAAAUCUCCCGAUCAUCGAUCUGUACGGAAUCAACGAAGAUCCAAUCCGGCGAAAGGAGGUGAUCGAGCAAGUGAAGAAUGCGUUGGGGAGUUGGGGGUUUUUCCAGAUGGUGAAUCAUGGAAUUCCUGAUAGAAUGUUGGAGGAGAUAAAAAAAGGGGUUUUAGGGUUUUUUGAACAGGAUAAUGAGGUGAAGAAGGAGUGGUACAGCAGAGGGGAUCGCAGUGGGAAGCUUAAACUUGUGUACAACAGCAAUUUCGACUUGUACUCUGCACCGGUGGCGAAUUGGAGAGACACUUUUUAUUGCCCCAUGGCUCCAGAUCCUCCUCAACCACAUGAGCUGCCUUCUGCUUGCAGAGAUAUUUUGAUGGAGUACUCAAAAGAAGUAAUGAAACUUGGAAUUAAUUUAUUCAAAUUAAUAUCCGAGGCUCUUCAGCUCAACCCAGAUCACCUCAUCAAACUGGGUUGCGCUGAAGGACUUGCAGUCCUCGGACACUACUACCCUCCAUGUCCACAACCCGAGUUAGCAAUCGGCACCAACACACAUACCGACAAUACCUUCAUCACAAUUCUUCUACAAGAUGAAAUCGGCGGCCUUCAACUCCUUCAUCAAAACCAUUGGAUCAAUAUUCCGCCUAAUCCUAAAGCUCUUGUAGCAAACGUUGGGGAUUUAUUACAGUUAAUUUCAAACGAUAAGGUUUUUAGUGCACAACAUAGAGUUUUGGCAAAUAAGAUCGGUCCAAGAGUGUCUGUAGCAUCGUUCUUUACGACUGGAGACCUUCAGACAUCGAUGGUGUGUGAGCCGAUUAAAGAGUUGAUAUCUGAAGAGAAUCCUGCAAAAUAUAGGAGUAUAACGGUGAAGGAAUAUCAUGAGCAUUUUAACACGAAGGGCCUCAAUGGGAUAUCUGCUCUUUUGCGUUUCAAGAUCUAGAUAUGUAUAGAAGAACUCAAAAUAUUGAAAUAUGGUAUUUGGCAGGGUCGGUCCUGAUGAAGUAAAUAUCCUCAAAGGCCCAGAACGAGCCAGAAAAAAAAAAGACUUUUAUCGUUAUUAUAAGUUUUCAUCUUUAAAUAAAAAUAUAUCUAUAAUAUGUAAUAAAAAAAUUGGGCCCUAGACUGUCCACUAAGUUGAGAUCUCAUUCGUAGAUUUUAUAAAAUUUCCUUUUAGACCUUA